GUUUGUUUUGAAGGAAGCAUCACACUGAACAAAUUUAGCUAGAGAAUAUGUCUCAUUUUAAAUAUGUUGAGUCAGAAAGGAAAAGUCGUAAAUCCAAAAAGAAGACCAAAGAGUAUGCAAUAUUUCCCGAUGGAGAUGAAACGGACUGUUCCAGUCGGACAACAUUUUAUGACGUUUGUCGCCAGAGUUCGACAACUACCUCUGUCAGCGAACAGUCUAGCACAGAAGAUGGAAAUGGUCAUAUUUCAGAGAACACGUCCAAUCAUUACAUUGAGGAAACUCACGAUGAUGUAUUUUAUAAACUGAAUUCUCUCACAGGAAUUGACAGAGUAAAUAGUGAAUGUACAUUAAGAACAAAAACAACAACUUUAACCAAAAUAUCUGCCAUUGAUAUUACAAUUACCUCCCCCGAACCACUGAGAUCACCGACUUAUAAUCGGCCAUCUUGUACUACACGAAUCAGAGAUGACAUAGAACCUGAAACAUCGUCGGAUGAAUUUGAAAUUCGUAGAAGAAGUUUGUCAAGGUCAAAGAAAAUUAAUAAUAUCACAGAACCUCAGAAAAUAAUAGAGAAUAAUAUGAAAAUGUUACCAAGCAUUGACGUCAUACCUGCAAGUCCUACGUUAUCAGUGCUAUCACAACGGCUCAUGAUUAACAGGGAAAAGACUGGUUCCCUACAGCGAUCCGGAAUAACAUUGAGUCCAAUAUCGCCUCGUACGUUGACUCCUAUGUCGUCUCUGUCAUCAAGUUCAACUAUGUCGGAUACUUUUUCACUAACAUCGGGUUCUGAAGAUGGCAUCCUCAGUGUGCGUUCUAGAUUUUUCAAUAGAAGAAGCGUUCUGCCUCCAAUCAUUAGGAGUUCAUCUGAAGAAAAACAACAGGAGGAAGAAGAAAUGUUUCUACAAGCAUCAAUUAGAACUGGCAAGAAGAAUAAAAAUCCAACGAAAUGCAGAAAGCCAAAAUCCACGUGCUUCGAAGAAUAUCGCACAAAUAGCUGUUGUAGUGAGAGUAUAACCCAUACACAGAAAAUAUUAUCAGAUUUCCAUCGACACAAUGAAAACAUGUCACAGUUUGAUAUAGGUUCUUCAAAGAAAGAUAAUCUAUAUAGGCCGAUGAAUAUACCUUCAACAAAAGUUGUCGAGCAUCACUACAAGGAAAAUGUAGUCAAUAAAAAGGAAAGAGUAUCACAAAAUAUCAAAACCCAAAAACAAGGAUAUCCGACUGCCAAAGACACUAACAGGGCCGAUAAUAAACAAAAUACUCGUAAAAAAUCAAAUGUAAAUGGUACUCCUUGUAAAAGCCUGUUGACCGUCAAGGAUCAUUACAAUAAAAGUAAAAACAUACAAUUUGAUCCUCGAAAAUCGCUAAAAGGAAAUCAGAAACAAGAAAGAUUGAGAAAAAAGUCAAUAAUUAAGAAAAGGGAUCUGUUAAUUAAAACACACAGAGUUGAAAGUGUUUGUAAGAGUAUUUCAGACUCAAGUGAUUGCAUGUCAACCAAAAGUGACCCAAGAAAUAGAUCUGAAUCUAUCAAUAGUUUUAAGAAGUAUUCCAAAAGUAUUUCUGAUUCAAGCGACUGCAUGUCCUCUCGAAGUGAACAAACGGAUUCCACUUAUCUAUGAACUGAUUGUAUAGCUAUUCACAAUGAAUACUACAAUCGUACGACUUCACAUUGUCACAGAUGAUAGCAUCUUCCAUUUUGUUAAGGAAGUGACUUCAG